GCGAUUUUCGCCAGUUGUAUUCCUGAGAUCAUAGACUUGAUUGGAACUAGGCCAAAAUACGGCGGUACCCUGAAGAACGAGAGAGGUAGAAGGCACAUUGUAGUUUGUGGACACAUAACCUACGAAUCUGUUUCACACUUUCUGAAGGAUUUUCUUCACGAAGACAGGGAAGACGUUGAUGUUGAGGUUGUGUUCCUGCAUAGGAAGCCACCGGACCUAGAGCUCGAGGGUCUCUUCAAAAGACACUUUACAACUGUAGAAUUCUUCCAAGGUACCAUUAUGAACCCUAUUGAUCUGCAAAGGGUCAAG